AUGAAGAAAAACAAAGAAAAAGAAGCUAACCAUAUUUCUGAGUUAAGAAAUCGUCCAGAUAAAAUUCAAUCGAUUUUUGAUGAUUUUUUUCAAAAUAUCCAUAAUGUUAUAAUAGACGGUUUUUCUUGUGAUGAUGAAGUUCUAAUGAUCGAUAACGAUCAUUACCAAUCUGACAAAGUUACAAGACUAGCUGGUAUUGAAAAAAAGAGAAGAAGAUAUGACCAAUUUCGUAGAGAUGAAGUACUUGAACAAGAAUCCAGUUCAUCUGGUAAUGAAGAAAAUUCUCAUCAGCCGAAAAGGUUUAAACUUCCUGAUGUUGUAAUUAACUCAUUAAUUGGUUUCAUUAGCCUUAUUUUAAAAAAUGUUAAUUCACAACGAUUUAAGGAAUUUCCUUCAACUAUCUAUAUGGCUAGAAAGUUAUUGGAAGUUAGAAAGAAAUCAAAAUCAUAUGCAGAUUUAGGAUUCAAAUGUAAUUAUGUUGAGUUUCUGAACUAUCUAAUGCAAAACCAAUGUGAAUUUUGUGGGUCAGAAUUGCUGAUAAAAGUCUCGGUGGUUAAUGGAUACAUAUGGAGACCAAAAAUGUUAUACCCGAUACCAUGUUUAAAGACCCAAAUAUUCACAAUGUACAAAAGGCUGGGUUUUGAACAGCUUUUAAGAAAAUGGGUCGAUCGUGAUGUUAGGCCCGAAAU